AUGAUCGGAACCGAAAGAACAACCGCUCGUAACAGACUCAGAUCCUCCUCUCCUGAACCCGACGCCGAUUCUCUCCACGAAAGUUCUAAUCGUGGUACAGGUAGAAGCCACGGAAACUCUAUUCCGUUGUUCAAAAAUGUCAAAAUCAAACUGCUUAUUGCCGUCACCUUCUUCUUCAUCACUUUGUUUCUCAUUCGUCACUUUGUUGAUUCCGUUGCAGAACCUCAUCUUCCUCGCGUUGUUACGCCAUUUCCUGCGCCAAAGAUCAUGGACCUUCCUCAGUUUCAAGGAGAGCACAAGGAGAGUUUGUAUUGGGGGACUUACCGUCCCCAUCUCUAUCUUGGAAUUCGUGCAAGGACUCCACAAUCUUUGACGGCUGGACUAAUGUGGAUUGGUGUGAAAGACGGCAGUAAUCACUUGAGGCAUGUCUGCAAACAUGAGGAUGAAUUAAGUGCUUAUGGUUGGAUAAAGCAUAAUGGACGUGAUUAUGGGCAUCAAGUAUUAGUUGACCAUGGCCUGAUCUUGACUACUGAGUUCUUAAAAUCAAAUGGGGAUGGCAGCGGUUAUGGAGGCGACUGGGCAGUUCGAAUUAAUGUGCAGAUUGAUAAGUCUAAGUGGAAUGAGGAAUUUGGGAAAGGCGGACAGCUCUUUUUCUAUCUGGCUGAUGAAGGUGGUAAUGUUCUUAAUGUAGGUAGAGAAAAAUUGAGCAUUCGCGAGAGUUCAUUACUUGCAUCUGGCUCUCGAACUGACAUUGGAGACUGGCAGCUACAUUUAAAGUCAACGGAAGACUUGAUUAGGUGCAAAAUAUCAGGCUACCAUAUGAUACAAAUGAGACUCAUUGCUCUAAUUUGCAAAGCUUUAACUCACAAAAUGGUUGUUUCAACAUCUAAACCUAAUAAGUUCACAUGUAGUUUAAUAGUCAUAGCUUGUUAA